AUGUUGCAGACAGAUGCAUCGCGACUGCAUGGUCUGGGAUUUGCUUUACUUCAAAAGCAUGGAACGGACUGGAAACUAACGCAAUGUGGCUCAAGAUUCCCUUCAGAUGUUGAAACAAGAUAUUCUGUGAUAGAGCUGGAAAUGACAGCUGCAUUAUGGUCAAUAAAGAAAUGUCAUACUUACUUGGCUGGAUUACCUCAUUUUGAUGUUGUGGUAGAUCAUAGACCAUUGAUACCAAUUCUUAACAGUAAGUCACUUGGUGAAAUUGAAAACCCUAGACUUCAACACAUGAGGGAGAAGCUAAGUAAUUUCAGUUUUACUGUCCACUGGCAGAAGGGAAGUAUUCAUUGUAUUCCAGAUGCUUUAUCGCGUGCACCAGUUCAAGAUCCUACGGAAGAAAAUUGUUUGAAUGAGGAUGGAUCCACUGAUCCUUUGCAUGUUACAAUUGUGAAUGCCCUUGACAUGCAUGAAGAUGGUGUACUUCUGACACCUCUAAAGGACAAAACGCUGGAAAAGGUACGUGUUGCUGCUGAACAGGAUGCAGAAUACAAUUCACUUCGGGAAAUUAUAAUGAAAGGUUUUCCUGAACACUGCCAUAAUUUGGAAGUAGAACUCAGGCCUUUCUGGAAUAUACGUGAUAUGCUUGCAGUAGAUGAUGACCUAAUUGUUUAUGGAGCAAGACUUCUUAUACCCAAGAGUCUUCGACGGGAAACUCUUGAAUGUCUUCAUGAUGGUCAUCAGGGAAUAGACCGCACAAAAAGGAGGGCGCGACAGACUGUUUACUGGCCUAAAAUUGAAUCCGUAUCUGCGGGUUAUUUUCAUGUCAUGGGUCGUACUUAUCUUGUUUAUAUUGACAGGUUGUCUGGAUGGCCUUGUGUAUCUUCGUGCCAGGGUAUAGCUUCUGUAUCCAAUCUAAUACGGUCACUGAAGGCUAUAUUUUCAGAUACUGGUGUUCCUGUUUUGUUGAAAACUGAUGGAGGACCACAGUUUGCUUCAUCAGCUUUGAGACGUUUUUUAUCUCGCUGGGGAGUAGAACAUCGCAUUACUUCGCCAUAUAAUCCGAAGGCAAAUGGACAUGCAGAAGCAUCAGUGAAAAUUAUCAAGAAGCUGAUUAUGACUACUGCUAAGAAUGGGAACCUGGAUGCGGAUGAAUUUGCCCGUGGAAUGUUGGAGCUUAGGAAUACACCUCGUGCUGAUGGCAGAUCACCAGCUCAAGUUUUAUUUGGUCAUCCCCUCAGGUCUUUUAUUCCAACACAUCGUCGCUCAUUUGCCAAAGAGUGGCAAAAGAAAGCAGAGGAAUGUGAUGUUAAAGCAGAGUAUUUGCGAAGUCAGGCGAAGCAACGAUACGACAGUACUGCCAGACCCCUUUCUCAUUUGAAAAUGGGUAGUUAUGUUGAUGUUCAAGAUCACACCACAGGACUUUGGAAUUGCCCAGACGUUGUUGUCGGCAUUGGAUCCAGGCGAGAUUAUCUCAUAAAGAUGGGCGGUGGGCGCAUUUUGUGGAGAAACCGAAAGUUCCUGAGACCACAUCGACCUCUUUUACCAAUAUAUGGAUCAAGCCUUGAUGCAACUAAUACUCCCAGUAAACCAAAGGAUGUGGAGAAGUCACAAGAUAAUUCUACUGCUGAUGUUAUUAGCAAAUCAAUCUUGCCUACACCAGCUCCACGUCGUAGUUUGCGGCAUAGGAAAGAACCUGAUCGUCUACAAGUAAAAUGGAAGAAAAAUACAUAUGAAUCAGAAGGAUUUUCAUAUGCCAGGGAUUAUAAUAUCACCCUAGACGUCUUAGGGGAAGGUGUGUGAUAUACCUCCAAAUGUCCUUAUUCAUUUGUUUACUAGUUAUGUAAUGGGUGGUUCGGUAAUUAUAUUGUAAUGGUAAUUGGUUUCGAAUGUAAAUAAA